AACACUGGGUGCCUGGGGCCCUGGCGAGGUUGUGGGGGGCAUCCUGAGCUGCAGCAGGGUUUUGGGCCACUGCUGCUGCUGCCAUUGUCACCAUGAUCUCAGCUCUGUGGGGAGCACUCAAGAUCAGGGUACACUCAAGCCCCGUUUCUUCUCCUUCUGUGAGUGGACCGCCAAGGCUGGUGAGCUGUGGGUCAUCCCAAAGCUCAGCUCUGAGCCCGAGUGGUGGCUCCAGCUCUACCACCGGCACAGAAGCCAGGAGCAGGGCUCUCGGAAGGCGGUGGUGCCCAGCUACGAUCAUGUUGUUGGCCCUGGUCUCUCUGCUCAGCUGCCUGCUACCCUCCAGUGAGGCCAAGGUCUACAGUCGCUGUGAACUGGCCAGAGUGCUACAGGACUUCGGGCUGGACGGAUACCGGGGAUACAGCCUGGCUGACUGGGUCUGCCUUGCUUAUUUCACAAGCGGUUUCAACACAGCUGCUGUGGACCACGAGGCCGAUGGGAGCACCAACAACGGGAUCUUCCAGAUCAGCAGCCGGAGGUGGUGCAGAAACCUCACCCCGAAUGCUCCCAACAUGUGCCGGAUGUACUGCUCAGAUUUGUUGAAUCCUAAUCUCAAGGAUACCGUUAUCUGUGCCAUGAAGAUCACCCAAGAGCCUCAGGGUCUGGGUUACUGGGAGGCCUGGAGGCAUCACUGCCAGGGCAAAGACCUCACUGACUGGGUGGAUGGCUGUGACUUCUAGGACGGACGGAACCACACACAGCAGGUUGGGAAUGUGGUUUGGUUCCUGACCCAGGCUUGGGAAGACAAGCCAAAUAAAGGAUGGUUGAACGUGAA